ACCUUGAUUCUCUCCCGCACGCUACUCUCGAACAUCAUUAUUGGAGUGUCAAUGUUGUGGCCUGCAUUCGAACCCACCCACCCCGUGUCUUACAGCUACUACAACGGAAGCACACCGUGAGGGCAGACCUUACCAUCACUGACACAAUGUCUCUCACCGUGACCACCGAGUCCCAACAGGCGCCGGCCUCGAACGAGAAGAGCCCGGUGGCCGUCAACAUGGUGAUCCGCCAGGACCCAUUCUACAUCACGCUCGACGCCGCGGCCCUGCUAGCCGUCUCCAUCGUGCUCGUGCUCGGCAUGCACUUCAUCGACCGCCCCGUGCUCGAGCUCCUCAUCAUCGUCGUACCCAUGGCCCUCCUCAUCCACAACGACUACCUCAACUUCCUCAAGCUCGGCCCCGGCGGCACCCCGCCCACCCCGUCAGGCUACGCCCGCCUGACCUGGUACCGCCUCUUCACCCUGCGCGACCCCUUCAGCGCCCCGCCCGCGGACCCAACCCAGAAGCCCGCCGCCGGCAUCCUCUCGCACCUCCCCUACCGGCCCGGCCCGCGGCCCGUCGUCGCGGGGCUGGCACCGCAGCGCCAGCUCAACCAGCACGGUGCGCUCCCCUCCUCCAACCGCCUCCGCGCGGCCAUCGAGGCGGUCACGCGGCGCUUGCCCAGCGAGUUCGUGACGGCCACCUCCUGCCUCGAGAAGCACGGCUUCGCGCUCUUCGCGCGCCACCCGCUCAACGUGUGCGGCAACGGCGAGGUCUGCCACAUCCACACGUCGGACCGCUCGCUGCACCUCAACCUGCACCCGGACGACAUCGGCGAGGUGCUGGAGAAGGGCUGGGGCCAGCGCCACCCCAUGGCCUGGGAGGGCUGGGUGCGCAGUCCCGUGCCGCGGACUUUUACCAUGAUUUAUGCGCCGAGGGAUGAGAACGACUUGAAGAUUGUGUGCAGCAUCAUUGAGGCGGCGAUCUGGUACACCACUGCGAAGAAGGUUGAGGUGCAACCUUCGUCCGAGCCUUAAUGAGUGGGGGUUGGGCCAGGUGUAAAUUUGACGGAGUGGCUCAUUUUGUUGAUGGGAAAAGCUGGCUUAGGAGUGAGGUGUGCAUUUGGUGCUUUACGGCUUGGGAGGACUAUCGUACCUAGGCGGCUGGUUUGAACGAGGGGGCGAAGUU